AUGUAAAAUCAAUAAGCAUAUGAGAUUAACAAAAUAAUAUUUGAUUUCUAGAAUUUCAAACAAUAAGUUGAGAAUAUUAAAAGACAUGGUUAUUAAGUUAGCCAAUUAGAUUAUCUAAUCACAAAUGUUCAAUAAUUACAAUACAAAUUGCAUCAAAUGUGUUAGGUGAACCUAGAUCCUGAAAUUAUGGUUUAGAUACCUCAAAUGAAUGAAGAAAUGGGCUAAUAUUAAAAAAUGUUGGAAGAAAUGAAAUCAAAUUAUGCUAGAAACAAUUAACUUCAAUAAACAAAUAUUUAUUAAGUAAAUCAAACGGAAGAAAUAAGAGUAUUGAAAAUCUUAAAUGAAAAAAUGUCUGGGCAUCUCAGAAGAUUAGAGGAGAAUUAAGAGAAAUAAGAUUUAAAAAUACAAAAACUAUAUGAAUUAUUUGAUGCUGUAUUAGAAUAAAAUAAUGGCUUCUAGCUUCAAGUGUAACAAUUAAACAAUUAAUUGAUAUAAAAUAAAACUUAAAUGGAAGAAAAAACCUUAAGGAUCAAUAAAUUAGAAACAUAGAUUUUGUAAAUGCAACAAAAUAUGAAUAACAAUAAUUAGCUUUAAUAACAAUAAGCGAUUUAGUCUCUGUAAAAUUAAAUUUAAAGUAUAAAUUCUGAAUUAGAACAUAUUUCAGGAUAUUAUUCUUUUUAGCACUCUUAGAAUAUUGAUGCUUGA